AUUAGGAGUGAAUCCAUCCGGGUAGUUCGAUAUGCAUGUGUGUGGCGUUUCCAGAUUUUCUUCCAUUGCACUUAAAACGAGACGGAGCUGCCAAGUGACAAGUACCUGAGUACUUAAACAUAGGAUGUGCAGCUGAGUUCAAGUAGAAGACAAGAUUGUGUUCGCUUCAAAACACUAAACAGUGUUUUUUAAAUAUGGCCGAUGAUAGUGAGUGGGUCGUGGAGAGCAUCGCCGGAUACCUUGGGAGUCCAGAAUGGGUUAUACCAGUCACAGACUUCAUGGAGCACAAAUGUGCAGUCUUUGAUGAUGAAGAUGAAAACAAGCUGACCUAUACGGAGAUCCACCAGCAGUACAAGCAACUGGUAGAGAAGUUGCUUGAACACUACAUGCAGGAGGUGGGGAUCAACGAAGAGCAGUUCUUGGAAGCUUGCUCAUCUCCUUUCGCGAGGUCAAAAGCAUUACAGACUGUGUUCCAGCCAGUCCUGGCCACAGACGACUUCCAGAUGUUCAAGUCCCUGAUGGUGCAGAAGAACAUUGAGCUGCAGCUGCAGGCACUGCGAGUCAUACAGGAGAGAAACGGUACCCUGCCCGAAUGCCUGACAGAUGGAGUUGAUAUGAUGACUGAGAUGGAACAGCAGGAGAUGCGGAUCCUCAAGGAGGUGCUGAAGAGGUCAAAAGAGGAAUAUGAGCAGGAGAUGGCCAUGAGGAUGUUCGCAGAGGAGGAGGCAGGCUCCUCCUCCACCAGCAGCUCUGAUAGGAUGACUGUGGAGAGCAUGGACUCACCCCCUGUGCUAGUAACAGACAUGAACCAGGUGAACACAAUGAUGAUGAAGAGCAAUGAAAGGGUGACCAGCACUGGGGAGAGUGUUCAGAGGGGUCCAGUCGGAGUCUGCCCUCCAGCCCCCAGUAAGCAGCCUGGGCAGAAUGGUGGUGACACCAAGGUGCUGGGAAUGCUGAGGGUCCCAGUGAAGGGGGCUGAGCUGCCACCUCCAGCAGAGCCCAAACAGAGUGGGAACCAGGCAGCUGAGACAUGGCUGGAAGAGGCCCAGAGGGAGGAGCUGUCAGCAGGCCAGCAGGAGCAGCUUCAGCAGCGAGCGCAGUACCUCAGGUGGCAGAGGGACAAGCUGCAGGCCUUGAAGAAGGAGCAAAGACCCAAACAUCCUGUGCCUGAGGAAUCCCCAUCAACCCCCAAUCCAGCCCCAAGUCCUACGGAAGUAUCUGUGGAAGAAAAGAAAAGGAUACAGAAAAGAAAACACCUGGCAGCAAAGCUCAAAGAGGAAGUCAUCAAAAAGUGA